UAAUUACACCCUUUUAAGACAGACGGCGACGUCUUGAAAUUAAUAUUGUGCGAUUUUGAACGAAACGUAAUUUUCGGGAAUAUCUAUUUACCUACACAAGUGGAGUGCAAUUACUUUGAAAUGAGAAUAUCGUUGAUUUUAUUAUUUUGCUGUGUGACAAUGGCUGUAGCCUUUAGCAGAGGCGGUGCCAGCGGAAGGUCAAGCAUGAGAUCUCCAUCACGAUCUGCACCUAGGACUAGUGUAAAAGCACCAUCACGAUCAGCUGUGCGGCCGGCAUCGCGACCUGUUGUGCGAGCUGCACCCCGACCCGUUGUGCGGGCACCAUCUCGACCAGUGGUAAGGGCGCCGCCAAAACCAGUAGUGAGGGCUGCACCGAAACCAGUAGUCAGGGCUGCUCCAAAACCAGUGAUAAAAGCUGUUCCAAAACCAGUUAUAAAACCGGCUCCAAAACCAGUCAUUAAACCGGCUCAAAAACCGGUGGUAAAAGUUGCACCCAAACCCGUUGUCAAGGUUGCUGUAAAGCCUGUAGUUAAAGCCCCUCCAAAGCCAGUUGUAAAGGCCCCCGUAAAACCAGUUGUCAAAGCCCCUCCAAAACCAGUUGUUAAGGCCCCAGUAAAACCAGUGGUUAAAGCUCCUGUAAAGCCUGUAGUUAAGGCGCCCGUAAAGCCAGUAGUUAAGGCCCCCGUAAAGCCUGUUGUGAAGGCUCCCGCGAAACCAGUUGUCAAAGCUCCUGUGAAGCCAGUAGUGAAGGCCCCGGCGAAACCAGUUGUCAAAGCACCUGUAAAACCAGUUGUCAAAGCCCCAGCAAAACCAGUUGUCAAGGCUCCUGUGAAGCCAGUAGUCAAGGCCCCUGCCAAACCAGUUGUCAAAGCUCCCGUAAAGCCAGUAGUUAAGGCUCCUGCUAAGCCCCAGGUUAAACCGCCAACGGUGACCAAACCCAUCGUUAAGGCACCGGCCACCAAGGUGAAUCCCGCGCCAAAAGUUGUUCCCAAACCUGAGGUAAAACUUGCAGCCCCUAAAUCACCUGUAAAGACUCCAGUCAAACCUGUUGCAGUUGUAAAGCCUCUUACAAAGCCCGCUGUCGUUACGCCAGUGAAGACACCUCCUAAACCUGUCACACCACCCAAGACUCCAACAAAACCAUCAACACCCGUGCAACAGCCCAGAGUGGAUCCCAAGCUAAGUGGAACCAUUAAAUUCGAUCAAAGCCUUUUACCCAACAAACAAGGACAAUUGAAUAUUGAUGCUAAGCAGAAUGUGUGGGAGAGUAAAAACAAACAACAUUCCUUGGAUGCUACGUUGAAUGUGAACAAGCCACUGGGUGGUCCAAACGGGAAUGGUAAAACCGAUGUUACCCUGGGUGGCCAGUAUUCUUAUAAUACGGACAAGACACAACUAACAGCCUCGGCAAGUGGCAAGCCGCAUCAGGGUGUUGAUCUCAAUGUCCAAGCCAAUCAAAACAUUUGGAAAAGUGGCAACGAAAAACACUCCCUAGAUGUGAAUGCCGAUGUCUCGAAACAUUUGGGUGGACCCUUGGGUAAUACCAAGACAGAUGUUACCCUGGGUGGUCAAUAUAGUUUCAACACGGAUAAGACCCAAAUAACAGCUGGCGCCAAAGGAAAACCAGGCCAAGGAGUAGAUUUAAGUGUAAGUGGCCAGCAAAAUAUCUGGGAAAGUGCCAAUAAACGCCACUCGUUUGAUGUCAACGCAGAGGGCUCCAAACACCUGGGUGGACCCCAGGGCAAUGAAAAGACCCAAGUUAAUUUGGGUGCCCAAUAUACCUAUCAGAAUCCAAAGACCCAAAUAACGGCCGGUGUAAGUGGUUCUCCCGGCCAGGGUGCCCAAGUCAGCAUCGAUGGCCGCCACAAUAUCUGGCAAAGCGACAAUGGCAAUACCAAAAUCGAUGUUACCGGUGGUGUAUCGAAACAAAUAAGUGGCCCGAAUGCCAAUGAAAAUCCAAAUGCCCAGAUUGGCAUUGGAAUAAGUCACGAUUUUUAAGAUAAUGGAAAAGUAUUUUGUAUAAAUUGUUGAAAUAUUGAUUAGUUAAGUGUAUAGUUAGAUUUUUAAAAGCUUUUAAUAAAAAAAGUUUGAAAUUGAUAA